AUGAGUUUAGAGGCUCGAUCUCCCUCCGAGUGACUAGAACGAGCGAGACGGACUUGGCCGAACCUUUCUAAAAAAUAAUCACACUGACAAAAAAAAAAAAAAAAAAAAAUACACUUUUUGUCUCUCCACCGCUGGAUACGCGACUCGACCUGGGGUUGGAUUAACUUCGGGCCACUCUUUUUGUUCCGUUUUUCCUUUUUCAUUUUGCUUUGGGAAGAGGCAGACAAAGAAGACAAUGGGAUCUCAGUCAUCCAAGGGAGGAGGAGAGGUGGCCGUGGAGGCGAACGCCGCCUCCGCCGCCGCCGCCGCCGAUGCUGCGGCUGUCAAAACCAACGGGCAGGAGAAUGGACAUGUGAAGACCAACGGUGACGUCUCCACCAAGCCCGACGGGGAUGCCGCCGCCACCAAUGGCUCGGCCGAAGCCGCCAAGGAGCCCGAAGCCGCCGCAGAGGGCGACGCCAUUGAGCCUGCGCCCGCCGCCGACGGCGAGGCGGCCAAACCCGAAGGCGAGGCCGCGGCUGCCUCCACCGGCGCCGCCAACGAGGCUGGGGCCAAAGAGACCCCCAAGAAGAAGAAGAAGAAGUUCUCCCUGAAGAAGUCCUUCAACUUCAAACUAAACCUGAAGAAGAGCAAGAAGAAUGAGGCGGUCAAGGAGGAGCCGGCGGCCGCCGCGGCCACCGCCGCCGCCGCUUCACCCGAGGAGAAACCCGCUGAGAACGGCGCCGCGGCCGCAGAGGAGAAGAAGGAGGAGGUGAAGGAGGAGGCCCAGGCCGAGGCCCCGAAAGCCGAGGAGGAGGUGGCCAAAGAGGACGCCCCCAAGGAGGAGGCCAAGGAGGCAGCUGCUCCGGCCCCCGAGGCCUCGAAACCCACAGAGGAGAGCAGCUCGACCCCCGCCCCCUCUGAAAAGAAGGAGUGAUUGCACGUGCAACUGGCAACGAACUGGCUGAACUGUUUUUCAGAGAAAGAGAGAGAGAGAAUUUAAGAGUAUAUAUAUAUAUAUAUUUAUAUAUAUAUGUGUAUAUGUAUACAUAUGUAUAUGGAUAUAUGUAUAUGUAAAUAUAUACACAUGUAUGUGAAAGACUCCUUUGACGUGCCACUUUUCGUCAAGACGACAGACGAGAUUCACUAGGUCACUUCCUGUUCGACAUCUGGACCUCGACUGACUUUUUAGGCUUUCGGCGCGGCGGCGGCGAGACGACACCACCAAGCGGACGAAAGAUUGAUGGUUGGAUGGAUGGAUGGAUGGAUGGAUCUUUUACCCACUUUGGGGGAGUGUGGGGGGCACUCAGGGUGCCUCUUUGUUAAAGAAAGAAGAUAGAAAAGGAACAACCUAGGACAACACCACUUGAAAUGACUGUUAAAUAGCUAAAAAAAAAAAUCAAAUCAAAUAAAAAGAAAUCAGAAAAGAGACUCGCCAACUUUUUACAUUCCUAUAUUUUAACCCAAAUUUGAAGUAUUUUGUGGUGUAUUAUAGAGAACCAUCUUAAAAGAAGCUAUGUCUUGUUUGUUUAAAAAAAAAAAAGUUAUAGACAAGUUUUGAUUUUUACCUUACUAUGGAAAAAAAAAAAAGAAAAGAACACUUCAGCUUGCUAUGUUCACUGUUGCGGUUUGAUAUGAAGCAGAGUUGUUUUAUCUGUCGUUUGUGAGCCUGAAUCUGCUUUGUCUCUGUAAAUACAAUUGGAUCGAUUUCUGUUCUUUAUUUUGCUAAUGUCGACAGAUGUUACUGGUUUUAUUGUAAAGUUGAUAAUGGUAAAUAAAUGUUGGUCACCUGCCCGUG